GUUAACCCCUUCAAGCCCUACCAGGUGCUAACCACAUGACUGUACAACAGUAACAGGAUAAUGUGGCAGCGUUGUGUAGGCAGGGUUCUCUGGUUGUGCCACUCCGGACUGAGGUGCAGGCUGCCAGUGCUCGCUGCUGGAUUCCAAUGUCAGACCCAGUUGCAGCAUUUUGUGUCUUGUACAAAGAAUCCAGGGGUUGAUGAAUCACAGGAUGGAGAGGUUGUUAGUGAUGACAGCAGGGGUCAAGGAGAUGCCAUUGGUGAAAGUAGCAAGCAACCCACAGCGAUGCCCAUUAGGAGAAAGAGGGCCUGGGGGACAUCCCUGUCUCCAUUACACAGGAUAAGUCAGAUGAUCCCUUCUGAGUUUGUAUCAGAAGACAUCAAGGAUCUUAGAGGUCCAGAAGUUAACUUACCUGAGACUGUAAAUGAGUCUACAUCACAUGGUCCUCAUACCCUACAGUGGGACAGUUCUGGAUCUAAACAACCCCCUGAGAAGGAACAUGCAGUGUCCCAGAGCACACCGUUUAUACCAGGAGACCUGGUCGUAUCUGAAUUUAAAAGGCGGCAUUACUCAAUGUUUAGGAAAAUGUUCCUUCUAAAAGACUCUGGAAAACUUAUGAGCAACUGGGGUGUCAUAAACUACAGUGAGAUCUUAGGAAAGUUCCCUGGACAAAAAAUCAGAACUUCACAGGGGUUUGAGUUCCUUCUCAAAAGACCCUCUUUAGAUGAUUAUAUCUUGCUGAUGAAGAGAGGACCUACUAUCUCCUACCCAAAGGAUAUUACAGCAAUGAUGAUGAUGAUGGAUGUCAGCCCUGGGGACGUCAUUUUAGAAGCUGGGUCUGGAUCAGGAGGAAUGAGUUUAUUCUUAUCUCGUUCAGUUGGCCCAAAUGGAUGUAUCUACAGCUUUGAAAUACGGAAAGACCAUCACUCAAUAGCAACGAAAAAUUUCUGGAAAUGGAAAAAUGCAUGGGAUAUACAGCACCAGAACCCUUGGCCAGAGAAUGUUUACUUUAUCAACAAGGAUAUAUCAGAUGGUUUAGCUGAAAUAAAGUCUGUUUCAUUUGAUGCUGUUGCUUUGGACAUGUUGAACCCACAGGUCGCCCUGCCUGCAAUACUACCAAAUCUUAAGCAGGGGGCAGUGUGUGCUACAUAUCUAGCAAAUAUCACACAGGUUAUUGACCUUCUAGAAGGAAUACGUUCUUGUCAGCUUCCCUUUGUAUGUGAAAAGAUAAUGGAAAUUUCUGUAAAGGAGUGGAUAGUUGCACCGUCUUUCCGGAAGGAUGGCAGCAUAUCACAAAGGGUGAAACCGAAAUGGGAAGUAGUAUCUGAGGCUGAGAACCUGGAACAAAAUGAAGAUUUUGAAAAUUGUAUGGAGGAUGAACCUAUUUCAGCUGAAGUCAAACCUUUUGGACAUAUUCCAUAUAUUGCUCGACCCAUGCCAUGGCAAGCUGGUCAUACAGCUUUUCUUGUACAACUGAGGAAAAUCAAGCCAGCACCAAAACAUACAGCACCUGAAGAAAUCUGUUAAUGUUAACCAAUAAAACUUUUUUAUAUAACAUUCUCUUUUGCUUAAAUAUACAUAAUAUACAUUUUAAAUUAUGAAGUAUAAAACCACUGCAGACACAUUUAUUUAUGUUACUCAACUAAUAUUUAGAUAAAGCUAAAUGUAGUCAUACCUAUUUGCAGAAUUAUUCUUCACUGCUUGUGAACCACUCCAUAGACUUGUCUUGGUUUGGACAUUUCUUUGUCUCUGUACUUUUUUGGCUGUCUGCAAAGGGAAAAUAGAGCAAAUGCUGAUCUAUAUAAGUCCAAAAAAUGCAUAUUUAUCUGUGUACAGAUUAUUUGUGGAGCAUUAAAACCAAAAAUAGUAUUCUGAAGUAUUGAAAAGGUCCUUUUAAUCUAUGCACAGACAAUAUGUCAAAUUCUGUGAGAACUUUGUUUUCCCUCUCAGUAAAUUACUUCUGGCAUUCAUUUAAAGUGAUAUUACACACCUAUGAAAAAAGGCAUUAUUUUUUGGUAUGGAAAAAGGUUAAUAAAAAGUUAUUUAACUUUAAAA